AUUACGUCUGUGGUAAUGCGCUUAGGUACAUUGCUGUAUUCUACCAGCCAUUCCAUGCUUCCCAUAAAUGCUAUGGCACAAAAAGUGGUACCAGGAUCAGAGUCGGGAUCAAUGAAGCCCCUGCCUGGCAGUGGACUCAGUUAUGUUACACUACAACCACCUAGCCAACCUCUUAGUCUGGUGCAGGACCAUAGACCCUCGGUGUAUCAGACUCCACCAUAUAUAGGAAGUAACAUAGAAAAGGAACCAGAAGCUGAAAAAUUGAUUCCGAAUGGUGUGGAAAUUACGAAAACUGAAGCUGAGCAAGAUGUGCCUGCUGUUAUAAAGCAAAAUGAGUCCAACAGAAACAACAAUCUGAGUCCUGAGACUCCUACUCAAGAACAACCAUGUGAGGUGCAAUCGGAAACACAAGUGUUACCACCACCUUUAAUGGAAUUUCCAAUGAGUACUUCAGUCUGCACACCAGCACAAAAUAAAGUUGAGGAAAAGAAGAUUCCUGUAAAUAAUGAAUCAAAGGAAUCAGAUGGCAAAACAGUUAACACUUCUGUACAUAUAAAACAAUCUCCCCAUAAACCAGAAGAUAUACAAGCAAAGAACGAAGUUUCAAAGGCAAAACCUAUAAAUCAGAGUUUAAAAGUAUCGAGCGAUAAUGCUGCUGCGACAUUAACGAGUACAUAUAAACCUGACGCGAAAGUCACUACCUCUCCAAAAACAACCAAACGAAAAUCUAGAGAACUGAAAGAUUUAAAGACAGCUUCUACUGUAGUUACUGAUGGGGCAAGUAAACCUAAGAGAAACCGUAUUCAAACGCAACCCUAUCAGAGUCCAUUACCGGAAAUUGCUCUAUUGGUAAAAAAUCUCAACAAAACUCCUGGUUCUAAAACUGCUGACGACAAGCUUAUUGUGUUUUAUAAAAACGAAUUUUUGGCUGUGAGAAAUGCAGAGGGAAGCUUCUACGUUUGUCAAGCGAUGCAAAACAUCUACAAAUCGAGCAGACGCAUUCGCAUACGUUGGCUAUCUCAAGAUAAAAACAAUGGAGAAAUCUAUUCACCUGAUUUCUAUGAUACUAUAGAUUUUGAUUGUAUAUUAACAAGUCUGAACCUAAAUAAAAUAGAAAAACAUAGAUUCUGGUUAACCAAAGUAGAACUGUUGCGUACAGAAAAUAUCUUGAAACGGGCUAUUGAUGUUGAGGCUGGAGUGUCUGAAAAACCUCGAGUUACAGAAGAACACCCUGAUGGAUUGGAUCUGUCACUUUAUAAAGAUGAGUCGCAGCUAAAGAGAAGAAAAGGCAUUCACAGCGAGAAAUCGAAUCGUAAAAAGUCUAAACGAGCUGCAAGCUCUUCAGAUGAUGAUGUAGACGAAGAGGAAUCGAAUCGAAAUCUGAAAGCGUCCAAAAUAAAUCGCGCGAAGAAACGAUCAGCCAAGGCAUUGGCGAUCGCUAAAUCUGUCGCGAAAGGCAGCAGCAGAGCAGAGAGAGCAUUAAAUAGAAGCUCGAAAUCCGGCAGUAGUUUAGACAAUGAGCCUAUUACUACUAGUGUUGCUGCAGCUACCACUAUUGCGACUACCGUUACAACUGCUGCUGCAGUUGCCACUACCACCACUGCUCCUGUAAAUGCUGCUACCACUACGGCUACUAUAACUACUGUCAGUCCCUCAACUAAUGUUUCUGUCAUGGCGGAUACUAAAAAUAAUAUAGAAAUGAAAAAGUUGGAUUUAAAGAAAAAUGGCAAACAGCAAAGUAAUAAUGGCACCAGAGGAGUUCCAAGAACAAAAUCUGGAGGUAAAAGUUUAUCGGGAAUGUAAAACAAACGUAAUUUAUAAUUCACUAAAGAAGAAGAAAAAGGAUACGUUCGUCAGAUAGUAGGGAGAUCGUGGAAUACUAAUAACUAAUGUCGUAAAAAAAUUUUUUGAUUAUAUAAAAUCAAAUUAACAAUUUUUCGUAGAUCUUUGAUUAAUAAGUAUCAUAAAACGAAGUAUUUUAUAAAUAUUUAUUUUAUGUAUUUUAUGAACAUUUUAUAAAAUAUAUUUUAUUUGAAAAAAUUUUCUUUAAAUUUCUUUGACUUGAAAAAUAAUUGUAUAAAAUAAUUUUUCUGCUGCUGAUAAGGAUUAUGCAAUAUUCUAUAAGGUGUAAAGCGCAAGAGCGGUUUUACGCUUAUGUUAAUGGCUCACGACCAUUUUUUACAUAAUAUAACUUUAUAUGCUAAAUUCAUAUACAUAUUACGGUAUACAUACGGUAUGCAUUAAAUUCAAUAACAUUAUUUAAAAGCCACAUUUAAGACCUCCAAGUUAGAUUAAAGUUGAAAACGCUUGCACAGAAUCUAAGAGAUCCAGGUUUGAACCUUGGUUGAGGUGUUAUUUUUUUCGCGAUAAAAUACUUUACAAUUGUUUCAGGGAAGGGGGGGGGGAUAUGGUAUUAUAUAUCUUCUAAAACAUUAAUAUUACUAUUACGACUUUAUGACUAGGUUUCAAGUCCGACAAAUAUGCGGCGCGCAGUUUGAGUUAAAAAUUGUAAUAAAUAAAUUAAAAAUUAUUAGGCACCAAGAGCCGUUGUGUUUGACAAUAGGCCUUCUGUUUGUGUGUUUUAACUUCGUUAGUCUGAUAUAAACUUAUUAUUGUUAAAGUUAAAAAAUUGAUGUUUAACAUACACUGCUCAAAAUUAUGUAGUCCUGUAAAUAUCAUUGCUACCUGCAAAACUGAAAUUUAGCUUUUAUAAAAAUACAGUGAACUAAUGACUAGUAACCAUCCUUCAAUGUCUAAAUAGACUGUAACGAAGUAAUUUUAACGGUUGCUCUUAGAAUUCAAUGCUAAUUAUAUGAGAUAUAGUACUUUAUCAUACAUGGUAUCCCCCCCCCCUUCACACGUAUCUAAUGCCUUCAUCUUAAUCUCUAUUUAAUCAUGAAUAUUUUAUUAAACCGACGCCAAAAAUUUCUUUUGAGAACUGGAAGUCCUAACAACAUAUUUAGUUUUGAUUACAGUCGUUCUUCUUCAGCACGUCAUAUAGUAGUUAUGACGAAAUAUGUAAAAAUAAUUUUUUUUACAACUUUAAUUGAAUAUUUCUCAAAAUUGUGACAUAAUGGAGCAAUCUGUAUAGUGGAUUUGUAUUCAGCACCUAAAAAACUAGAAAAUGCUCGGUCUUAUUCUAGUGUUUCUUUGCAACCAUGUUAUGAAAUAUUUUUUUUCCAGGAAAUAAAAACGCUUUUUUUUUUAGAAAAUCAAGAUUUAAAUCUUUAAUAGAAGAACUGGAAAUUAAAAUAAAAUUUUUUCCAAAAAUUCAAAUUUUCCAUAAAAUCAGGUUUUGAAUCUAUAUUAAAUGUAAUUAGACGAAAUUAGAUAAAAAUUAUUUUUUAAUAUAAGUAAAAUAGAAUUAAAACUAAGGUAACUGUACCCAUUACAACCUAGUACCUAAUAUGGCAUGUUUGUUGUUUCUUAAAUAAUUACAUGGUGAACGCUAUUAUGUCGUACAGGUGUCAAUGUGACUUGUUUACAACUAUUCAGUUUGUGUAUUCCAUUGUUAACACUGAGAUCAAAAGUAAAAUUUUUGUGAUUGUGUUUCUUAUGUUUUAAUAUAUCAUGGCUUAUUGCUCUUUAUAACUAUCAAAUAAUGGUUAUUAAUUUUCUCGGUUCAAAUUAUUGUAGCUUUAUGUUUAUACUUUAUAAUACACUGUGUAUAAGUUAUAUUUUCGUCACAACAUUUGUUAUUACCAAAGAAAAAAUUUUGUAAGACAGAAUCAAUAUUGCCAAUCUAUACAGUAGAACCUCCUUAACUUUGGCUCUCUAUAAUCUUUGCAUUCCUUCACACGUACUUUCACAAACACUAAUAUCAGACCCCUUCCUUUCAUAGAAUACUCUAAUCACAGUACGAGUCUACUACUCACCGUGUACUUUGCUCGCGCAAAAUAUACAGUGAUCGGUAGACUCGUGCUUUGGUGAGGAUAUUUUAUAACUUUGGCAUUUCGCUCUUAUCGCCCCGUUAGAUUCAAAGUUAAGGAAACUCUACUGUACUCUAUUCACACAACAAGAACAUACCCAGCGCGGACGAAAACUCAUUCGUUUCGCGCACGUUCUUCCCCCAUAGAAGGAGAAUGCCUCUCGCUCAAACCUGUAUUCACUUCUUUAUAGCGAGUAGCAGAAGAGCGUUGACUUGGUAUAUCGAUAUUAAUUUCUGAAAUGUUACUUAUUAAAGAAUAACAUAAUAGAUUAAAUUCGCAAAAAAUAUACCAAAACAUGACAUAUAAUUGAUCGCUGAGAUUCAAACGUUUCAAACCUUAUUUGCUUUUUGUCUGUACCACAAGCAAGCAUAUACAAAGCAAUGUGUCUAAUAAGUUCAUUGAACUUAUUAGACACAUUGUUUUGUAUAUUAUCAUUGUAAUACUCAAAAACAAUUUUUAAUAAAAAUAGGUUUGUAUUAUUGAUUUAACUAUUUCAUAAAUGACACCCAAUUGUAUAAUUUAAAUAUAUUACGAUUUCAACUUAAUCAUAUUGAAUUGUAGAGAUUAUUUCAAUUUUUUAACAAUAAGCGCGGACUUUAGCUUGCCAUAUUUACAUUUACGAUAUUAAGUAAAACGCUACGCUCUUCCCUAUGCUAUCCGUAUGCACAGAUUUGGGUAUGUUUUUACUGUGAACAGAGUAUAGAUUAAUGUUAAGUACGCACAUCGAACAUUGUAAUGUUUUUGUUUUUUUUUACUCCAGAUCAUUAAUUCUAAUCUAUUAACUUGCUAUUUAUAAGCUACGGUCUUAAGGAGGAAAAAUUAAGAUAAGUUAAUUGUUUGAUUAAUAGAUUGUUGAAAAUAAAUUUUAGUGUACUCUUAUAUUAUGUCAAUAAACAUGUCAAUAUGUCAAUGAACUUAUAUCUUUAUAAAAGUAAUAUUGGAUCAUUUUAUUAUUUAUUUCUUUAACAUUUUUUUUUAAAAAGGUAAACAUAAUUAGGCUACAUUGAGUAUACAUUUAUCCAAUACAACCUGAAUGGUAAUUUGUUUAGAAAUCUCUGCAUUCAUGAAAAUAUAUAAAAUUGUCUCAUAUUUUAAAUCAGUUUUGUCCGAAACUCGACGAGCUAAAGCGCUUCCACUUUUCUUUUGAAUUCGACAAAAAAAAAAACAAA